ACCAGGAAGGAAAAAUAGAAGACUACAGUGGCAAAACAGUCAUUUCACAAUUGACCCCACCACAAAACCGCUGUCCGAUUUCCCACCCCUGUAAAAAAACCCACAAUAAAACCCACUCUCACAUGUUUUCACCUUCCCUCUGUUCAUUUCUCACCCAACGAAAAACAGAGGAAACAAAAAUACAGAGAAAUAAAUAAAUAAAUAAAAAUCACGAAAAACCCACCUCGAUAAACGGAAGAACAGAGCCAAAAAAAGCAGAUUCUCGAGGAACUUAUUUUUUUUCGGCUGCUCUGUUCUUCUUCUCCUCUGUUUUUUUUUUUUAUUUUUUUUUUCUUUUCACAAUGCUUCCUUCAUGAACCCCCUUCAGAUCUCACAUGCAUUAAACAAAUGCUCUGUAAAUACUUGUAGCGGUGGGGCGUGUAUGAUUUUUCUCCGAGGAAUUAUUUUAGUUGGUUUUUUUAUAUUUCUUUUUUUGGGGGUUAAUUAAUGGCUGCGGAGGUGGGUGGUGGUGGGAGUAUCGAGGUUUCGCCGUGGCUGAAAUCCAUGCCGGUGGCGCCGGAGUAUCACCCGACUCUGGCCGAGUUUCAAGAUCCAAUUGCUUACAUUUUCAAAAUUGAGAAAGAGGCCUCGAAAUACGGUAUUUGCAAGAUAGUCCCUCCCGUGCCCGCAGCUCCCAGGAAAACCAUUGUCGCCAAUUUGAACAAGUCCCUCUUGGCCCGGUCCAACAACCCCGACCCGGGCCCCACCUUCACCACACGUCAGCAGCAGAUCGGCUUCUGUCCACGUAAGCACCGCCCGGUGCAGAAGCCCGUGUGGCAGAGCGGCGAGAAGUACACCCUCGCCGAAUUCGAAACCAAAGCCAAGAAUUUCGAGAAGAAUUACCUCAAGAAGUACUCGAAGAAGAUACUAAACCCCCUCGAAAUCGAGACCCUCUACUGGAACGCGAUGGUCGACAAGCCCUUUCAAGUCGAGUACGCGAACGACAUGCCCGGGUCGGCAUUCGUGCCUCAGAAGAGCGGCGUGAAGAAGAACGAGAGCGCAUUGACCGUGGGCGACACCGAGUGGAACAUGAGACGAGUUUCGAGGGAGAAUUUAUCUCUGCUGAGGUUUAUGAAGGAGGAGAUACCGGGAGUUACGUCGCCUAUGGUUUACGUGGCGAUGAUGUUUAGUUGGUUCGCUUGGCAUGUGGAGGAUCACGAUUUGCACAGCAUGAAUUUCUUGCAUAUGGGAGCUGGGAAAACGUGGUACGGCGUGCCGCGUGAGGCGGCCGUCGCGUUCGAGGAAGUAAUAAGGGAGCAUGGUUACAGUGGAGAGAUCAAUCCCCUUGUUACGUUUGCUACACUUGGUGAAAAGACCACCGUAAUGCCCCCCGAAGUGCUUCUUAGUGCUGGUGUUCCGUGCUGCAGGUUGGUGCAAAAUGCUGGAGAGUUUGUUGUCACAUUCCCGAGAGCUUAUCACUCGGGGUUCAGCCAUGGAUUUAAUUGCGGAGAGGCUGCUAAUAUUGCUACCCCUGAAUGGUUGAGGGUUGCAAGAGAAGCCGCAAUUCGUAGGGCAGCUAUUAAUUGUCCUCCGAUGGUGUCUCACUUCCAGUUACUAUACGAUCUCGCACUUUCGCUAUGUUCGAGAGCGCCGAAGAGCAUUGCAGCGGAGCCCCGGAGUUCAAGAUUAAAGGAUAGAAAGAAAGGCGAAGGAGAAAUGCUGAUCAAAGAACUAUUUUUCCAGGACAUGAUGCAGAACAACGACAUGCUUCACAUCCUCGGCAAACGAUCUCCGAUUGUGCUUCUUUCCAAGAAUUCUCUCGACUCACCAAGUGGGUCCCACUCAGCAGCCAAAUCUAGGCUGUUCCCCAGUCUAUGCAGUCCCGAUCUCGAGAUGAAGACCACAAGCAACAACAAUAAUGCCCCCGAUGAACUCAUUUGCAUGAAACAAACAAAGGGGCAUUUUCGUAAUAGUGAGGAGGUUCCGUGCAUGGAUCGGGAAAUAAAGAAAGCUUGUCAGAAGUCUGAGCAGGGGCUGUUUUCGUGUGUAACUUGUGGGAUUUUGUGUUUUGCGUGCGUUGCUAUUGUUCAGCCUACAGAAGCAUCUGCUCGUUACAUAAUGUCGGGUGAUUGCAGCAUAUUUAAUUUUUGGGAAACGAGUGAUAAUGAACACAAUGACAUCAAAGACGCAAAGGCUCCAAACGCAAAGCUUUCUUCUUCAGCUUUGAUGAUUGGAAAGACGCACAGUGGACGUGUUUUUGACGCCCCGUUAUCGGUGGAAAAAGAAAACAGUGUAGGUGUGGUUUCCGAAAAGGCAAACAAAGCGCCCUCGUCACUUGGCCUAUUAGCUUUAACAUAUGCCAAUUCGUCGGACUCUGAAGAGGAGGACGAGAACGAAGCUGAUAUUUCUUUCCAAGGCGGUGGAAAUUGUAAAAUCGAUAGCCCUGAAAAUGACACUGAUUUACGAAUGUCUGAUUCUAAUACGAAAUUCGGCCUACCUAUAGAGACACACGGGAAUGGAGAAUCGAGAAAUUUAACAAACAAUUGUAAUGUGGCCGAGUCGAAGAAUUCUUUAACCGAUAGGUUUAGACGUCAAAUGGAAUCGUGGAACGAGACCUCAAAUUCUUUAACCCGCAAGACUGAAGCAAACAAUGGUUCAACGCCGUUAGCGGAAUCGACUAUGCCUUUUUCAUCAAGAUCCGACGAAGAUUCUUCUCGAUUGCAUGUGUUCUGCCUUCAGCAUGCCAUGCAAGUAGAAAAGCGGCUCGGUGAGGUUGGUGGGGCCCACGUUUUUCUCAUCUGUCAUCCAGACUAUCCGAAGUUAGAAUCCCAAGCAAGAAAAAUCGCCGAAGAACUCGAAAACGAUAGUCCCUGGAAUGAAAUCUCUUUCCAGGAUGCAACCGAAGCGGACGAAGAAAUUAUACGACUAUCUUUAGAGAGUGAAAACUCGAUACACGGAAACCGAGACUGGGCUGUGAAACUCGGAAUCAACCUCUUCUACAGUGCCAAUCUCAGCCGCUCGCCUCUCUACUGUAAGCAGAUGCACUACAACUCCGUUAUAUACGGUGCGUUUGGACGAAGCUCUGAAAUCGACGACACGUCUUCGAUCAAGGCUGAGAUCGAAGGUAAAAGUUUAGGCUUCGGGAGGCACAAGAAGAUAUUUGUUGCUGGGAAAUGGUGCGGCAAAGUGUGGAUGUCUAGUCAUGCUCACCCAUUGCUGGUUGACCAUGAUUUUUUGCAAGAACCCGAUUUCAAGAACGAGAGACAGUCGUCGCAAAGAAAGAGAAAGAGUAGUGUUGCGGAAAAUUCUGCUGAAACCACUACGAAGAUGGAUGAAUCUUCUCUUGAUUUUGUGCUCCGUAAUUGCCGUAAGCAGAUUAAGAGGAAACGUGGUUCGAGGAGAAUGAAGGAAGAGAAUCACGAGCCUGAAAUCUCGGAUGAUUCUUCUGAAGAAUGUCGAACCAAGCAGUUAAAGAAAGAGACUGCCGUAAAUUUAGACGACGAUUCUUCGGACGAAUUUCCACUCAGCAGCUCUUGGAAACAAAUCAAGAACAAACGUGGUGCAAAUCAAGAACCUGUGAAAAGUCAACCGAAGACCAAGAAACAGAUUGACGAACCGGAAGGUGGGCCCAGCACACGUCUGAGAAAAAGAACAAAAACCCUCAUCUGUAAAGAAACGGGCCCCAGUAAAGCAAAACCAGCACCAAAGAAGCAGCAAAAUGAUGCGGUAAUACCAGCAAAGGCAGCAAAGGCGAAAAGUCCAGCCGCAAUCAAGAAUCCAGCAAAGGCAAAGAACCAAAACCGAGGAGACGAAGAAGCAGAGUACCUAUGCGACAUGGAAGGCUGCGCAAUGAGCUUCGCCUCGAAAAACGAGCUGACGCUGCACAAAAGAAACAUCUGCCCCGUGAAAGGGUGCGGGAAGAAAUUCUUCUCCCAUAAAUAUCUCGUGCAGCACAGACGCGUACACAUGGACGACCGCCCUUUAAAGUGUCCGUGGAAAGGGUGCAAGAUGACUUUCAAGUGGGCAUGGGCUCGAACGGAGCACGUUCGGGUGCACACUGGGGCCCGCCCGUACGUCUGCACAGAGACAGGGUGCGGGCAGACGUUUCGGUUUGUGUCUGAUUUCAGCCGACACAAGCGCAAAACUGGACAUACUCCGAAGAAAGCGAGAGGUUAAAGGUUUAGGUAUGUGUAUGUAUGUAUAAUGUAUGUAUGUAUGCAUUAACAUGUCUGCUGAUGAGGGUGUUUUUCGAGAUUAACAGAAACGAAACGGGGGGAUUUGUAGGUGGGCUUAGGCUUUUAGUGCUUAAUGUUGUAGUAACUUUUUUUUUUUUUUUUUUUUUUUAAUUUUAUCAUUGGGGGGUUAUGGAUGAUUUGUGUCAAGGUUCCUCAUUUGGGCCAAAUUCAUCAACAAACUUUAACUUAGACCAUUGGGGCUUCAAUGUUGAAAAAAAAGUACUUUUUAUUGUCUGCAAAAGCAGAAAUUUUAACAUGUCUGAAUUUGUCUUUAGCUUGAUAAAUAGUUUCUUUUUUGGGGUG